UACAAAAGUAGUUCAAUUAAUUGUUGGGUUCAUAGUGAGCAAAUGGUGAAUAACACACGUACCCGAAACGUGUCAAACUGGACCCUGUUAACGUGUCGUUGAAACCUCAAAGACGACACUCACUGUACACGUUGCUUUCACCGUUUAAUUAACUCUUCAAUAUAUAUUAUGAAUAUGAAUCAAGUAGCAUAACGUAACAUUGAGAUAUCUAAUUAAGCCAAAGAAAGAAUACGAGGUUGUAGUGUUAAUUAAGGUUGCAAAAUUGCCAUGUCGUUCUUAACUAAGAAAACAAUCCACAUUGCUACCAAAUCUAUGUAUACAUCUUCUCGCAUAAUUUCCACAGCUUCAUUUUCCACGGCUUAUGAACGUGCCGAAGGUAGUAAUGCGGUGGCAGAAGCAAAUAGUGAUGAUGGGGGUGUGACGAUGGAGGGAAUGUACAAAGGAAUAAAGGAAGAAGAUAGGGCUAUGACAAGUGAUCCAGCAAGAGAGGGUCCAAUUAAAGCCGAAGAAGAAGGAGAUAUUGUCAGAGAUACUGCCAAAGAUAGCAUGGAUGGAGCUUGGAUGGCAGCUCAAGAUGCUAAACACAAGGCUAUUAAUAGAGAUGAUGAUGAUGAUAAGAAAAGGGAUUGAAUUAAUUAAUGCAACAAUGUUAAUUUUCAUAGUCAAAAUGUUAGUGCACGAGGAACCGAUAAUUAAGGAGGAAAGCAUGACUUAUUUGUGGUUUAAUAUUUAUUUAGAAAAAAUUGAUGAUUUUUAAUUAGUUAAAAAUUUAGUGGUUUAAUUUUAUAAAAGUUAGAACAUAUAUUAUAAAUG